GUGUCGGCGCUUCGGGUGUCAGGCAGCGCCAUUGGGCGGAGAACCUGCGCGCUCGGGUUCCCUCCUUUCUUCCUGCCCACCUCGGCUGGCCCUGUGGCUGGAGGCGGCUGAGCUGGGGCUGCCAGCCCGUUUCUCUUGCUCGCCCCUCUGCUCCUAACCGAGUCAUUAAGACUUAAGGGCGCCGUCGCCACCACCGCAGUCCCGAGAUGUUUGACAAGACGCGGCUCCCUUAUCUGGUGCUGGACGUGGUCUGCGUGGUCCUAGCUGGCUUACCCCUUGCUGUUCUAAACUUGGCAAAAAUAAAGCCGUAUCAGAGGGGCUUUUUCUGUAAUGAUGACAGCAUCAGCUACCCGUUCCAUGACAGUACCAUCACAUCUACUGUCCUCUACACAGUGGGGUUCACUGUGCCCAUUUGCUCUAUAAUCAUAGGAGAGGCCCUUUCAGUAUAUCACAACUGUUUGCACUCUAAUUCAUUUGUGAGAAAUAGCUACGUUGCUACUAUUUACAAGGCUCUGGGAACAUUCCUUUUUGGUGCAGCUGUUAGCCAAUCUUUGACAGACAUUGCCAAAUAUUCAAUAGGUAGACUGAGGCCUCACUUUCUGGACAUAUGUAAACCAGAUUGGCGUCGUAUCAACUGCAGUGAUGGUUACAUUGAAAACCUCAGAUGCCUUGGAGACAAAGUAAAGGUUAGCGAAGGAAGACUGUCAUUUUAUUCUGGACAUUCAUCAUUCUCCAUGUAUUGCAUGCUGUUUCUAGCACUUUAUCUUCAGGCCAGAAUGAAAGGUGACUGGGCAAGACUUUUGCGUCCUACAGUCCAGUUUGGACUUAUUGCUGCAUCCAUUUAUGUGGGCCUCUCCCGUGUUUCUGAUUACAAACAUCACUGGAGCGACGUGUUGACUGGACUCAUCCAGGGAGCACUGAUAGCAACCCUUAUCGUUGUAUAUGUCUCAGAUUUCUUCAAAGAGAGAGGCCGUACAUUUAAACAGAAGGAGGAAGAAGAUUCACAUACAACUCUACAUGAGACACCUACCAACGGAAAUCACUAUGGCAGUAAUCACCAGCCAUGAUAUGUUCAAGAGCUAUUAUCCUGUGGAAUCUCCUCCUAUUUAACAGGAAAAUUUCACAAAUAUUUCUGGUCUAUGUAAAAAAGAAAUAAAUGCCUUUUGAAGGGACUGCUGCUGCUAUACCUCUUAAGUGCUCACUUUACAUGUAUAUAGUUAACAACAAUGUAUUUAAAAACCUCAAAUUUCUAUUGGUUCAAGCUUAUGCUUUAUAACACAGUAUCCUGACUAUUUUUUAAUUAAAAUAAUAUGUAAUACUUAUUACAAACAGCAAUGGAAUACAUUUAAAAUAAGAAUCUGUCUUGCUUGGGAAGAGGAAGCACUGGUAAUUUUAGUAGCUCUUUUUUGGAGUAACUGCUGCAGAAUGAAGGCUGUUCAGACACCACACAUUCUUCUUAUAGAUAAAGACUUGCAGCAAACACAAUGUCUCUCUUGAUUUUUGUAAUUCCUGUUGAGAAUAAAAGAAGAAUAUAUCCAACGUUAAUGACAUAAUUGUAGUCACAUACUACUUACUUGCUCAUGAUAAUAAGAUCUAGUAAAAUAAAACUAAAAAGUCCAGUGCUGACUUUUCAAAAUAUCUUAUUUUCUCCCAAUUUCCAUGUCAAGAUAUUGUACAACUAUUUUGAUUGUUAGGGAAACAUUAGCAGACUCUUAGAUAACCUCUCCCCCUUCAAACUCAGCAACAGCAGAUUAUAACGGGCAUGUUCAGUUCAAAUGGAAUACUUUGG